AUGACAUCCUCUGCAGCCUCGACAACACCACCUGAAGCGCGGCCCAAUUGGGACCAGCGAGUAUGGGCGGCCAAAGCACCCAAAAGCGACAUCAAUGCUUUGAUCCUGGACUACCUUACCAUGGAAGGCUAUCCAAAAGCGGCUGCCAACUUUUGCAAAGAGGCGAAUAUGAAGACUCCAGGUGAUGAGUACUUCACUCAGACCUUAUGGGAAGUUCGCCAGCAGAUGCAGAGAGGUGACUUGCAGACUGCGAUCGAGACACUUAACGAGAUCGAUCCCAAGAUCCUCGAAGGUGACGAAGAGUUGCACUUCCUCCUGUUGCGACUGCAACUCGUUGAGAUCAUUCGAGAUUGUGACGUUGAUGGAGGUGACAUCCAGCAUGCUCUCGAGUUUGCGAGGAUGAACCUCGGACCGCGGGCGGCAGCUAACCCCAAGUUCCUUGACGAUUUAGAAAAGACAAUGGCUCUGCUCAUGAUACCUCGGAAUCAGCUGGAGCCACCACUGGCCGCAAUGCUAGACACAAAAGUUCGCACAGAUGCCGCUGAAAGUGUUAUUGGCGCGAUUAUGGCCACUCGCUCGCGACGCACCAUGGCUGGCAUUCGUGACCUCGUCAAGUUGCGUGUCUGGGCCGAGAACAAGGGACGGAUGUUGUCCGCCAACGUCAUCCCGGACGAUCUCUCCACUUACCUGAAUGAUGAAUACGAGAACGAUACCGCGAUGACAACUUAG